CUGUUCGUCUAUGCACAUAACAUGUACGCAAAGGCGAACACGCGAAAUUUCAUAUUCGUGGACGUACCUCCGGGAGAUCGGGCACCGGACAUAGUCGAGCAGGGGUACUCGGACUUUGCGAGACAGUUCAUACGUUGCUGGAACGACCGCCUCCUUGUCGCCGCGCGGGAGUUCACCAACGGCCAUUCCGAUGCGUCACUGUUUGUCCUGUCGUCCCACGAAAUAUUGUCGGAGUUGCUGGAUAACCCAAACAAGUUCGGAUUCGACAAGAAAGACGCGGCAGAGGCAAAUCAAAGGAUAUGGAUGAGCGAGGCCGAUUUCUCCAUCUCCGACGAGGUGCAUCGGCUGUUGGGAGAAAGGAUGGGGCACGCUUUGUCGUUGGUGGAUGAAUGAAGCUUGAAGAGGGCCGAGCCGUCAUACCUAUGAACCGAGAUAUAUGACAGCGAGGAUCAGCUAGAAUUGUUUUGAUGUCUGCAGUAUGUACAAUACUAUACCUUUGUAUUGAGGCCCCC